AUGUAUUAUAAUUUAGGUGUUGUUCUUGAUUCUGGUGAUGGUGUAACACAUAGUGUACCAAUCUAUGAAGGAUAUUCACUUCCACAUGCAAUAGUUCGUCUUGAUUUUGCUGGUCGAGAUAUAACAAAUUUUCUUUUACAAUUAUUAAUGAAACGUGGUUAUAAUUUUACAACUUCGGCUGAACGUGAAAUUGUUCGUGAUAUAAAAGAAAAAUUAUGUUAUAUUUCAUUUGAUUAUGAAAAAGAAAAAUUAACUAGUAUUAAAACAAAUAUAAUUGAACGUAAUUAUGAAUUACCUGAUGGACAAAUAAUUCGUAUUGGUUGUGAACGUUUUCGUGCACCAGAAAUUUUAUUUAAACCAUCAAUUAUUGGUUUAGAAAUACGUGGAAUACAUGAAAUAACAUAUUCAUCAAUAAUGCAUUGUGAUAUUGAUAUACGUCGUGAACUUCUUAAUAAUAUUGUUUUAUCAGGUGGUUCAACAAUGUUUUUAAAUAUUCAUGAACGUUUACAAAAUGAAAUUGUUCGAAUGACUCCAACAUCAGUUAAAAUAAAAAUUAUUGCACCACCACAACGAAAAUAUUCUGUUUGGAUUGGUGGUAGUAUUCUAUCAACUCUAUCAACUUUUCAACAUUUAUGGUUAACAAAACAAGAUUAUAAUGAAUAUGGAUCAACUAUUGUUCAUCGACGUUGUUUUUAA